AUGUGGUCUUUAUACCAGAAUAUCCACACCGAGUCUCCCAUUGUUGUCUGUACGACAAUGAAAGGAAGGAAUAACCCGAACCAGGAAUUUCGAGGGUUUAACGAACCAGAUGCUAUUGAUGAUGAGGAGCUGAGGUUUUUAAACGACACAUACAGAACUGCUAAGAACAACGGUGGUCUACCGCAACAACAUCGUGAAACAUUCCAGGAGAGCACUUUUGACGUGAAAGAGUCUCGAAUUUAUGACAGUCUAGAUGGUUCGGUGCCGAAUACCCCUAUUUCCAAAAAAAAACAGUUGAUUGAUGCUCCAAAAUUGACAUCCACGAAGUUGAGUGUGGCAGACAGCUUCACGAACAUACUUCGAGAAUUCACCAACAAACGUGUUUGGGUUCUUGCCAUAAUAGUUGUUCCAACAGUGCUUAUAUCAGUUGUUGCUACGGUUUUUUACCUGUCGUAUGCCUUCCCUGUUCAGUCGAUGCAAGACGCGAACACAAGGUUUGCAGCCUACGAUUCUCAGUUACGGAUUAUCUCGGCGUAUCAAAAGAGAUCGAACAAAGACUAUCUUCAGAUUGUGCCUCAAUUCCGCGACAUCGAGGAGAAGCUCAGCAAUUUGGACUUGGACUUAUCUAAGAGAGUGGAUUCCUUGGACAUAUCCUUUGACAAGGCUGUAAAAGAGCAGGUUCAAAUCGCUGGCGAUGUGGAGAGAUUAAGCAAGCAAGUUCAGGUGAUACAGGGCGAAGUUAACAAGGCCAACGAGGAUGCAGAUACAUUGAGGGCCUUACUGGAAGCAAAUGCUGGGGGUAGUUCCGAGAGUCUGAGCGAAGUCUGGACCAGGUUCACGGCUCUUCAAAAUAAGACUGAAAGUUUGUUAACUGAAUUUAAUGACAAGAUCGAGGAGAUCACGAUCAAAAAUGAGCAAGCGAAGCGUCUCCUAGAGAAGAGAGACAAGAACUUGAUUUCCAUUGACCCUUCAACAGGAAAAGUGCUCAUCAAGCCUGAGUUUGAGAAGUACAUUUCAGAAUUUGUUGCCAAAGCUCUGGAGCAGCACAAGGAAGACUUCUCUUUGCAGGACUUUGCAUCCAAACUUGAGGUCAAUCUACAAAAUGAGGUAAGAUCCAAGCUUCACGAUGAAAUACAGUCCAUCAAAGAGGAAGUUUCAGCUUCCAUCGCUUCCUCGAGGGGUUCUCACGACAAUGGAUCUGUUCCACAGCUGUCUGAUUUUGAGCUUUCCCGCUUGGUUUCCAGAAUUGUUCGUCAAGAAAUCAAGAAAUCCACUUCGUCGCAACAGACAAACUACGCUAGUCAGUCGCAAGGAGCCAAGAUCAUUCCUAAAGUGACAGUGCCACAGACGAUACGCAGACCGAGAAAAAGAACAACUGCUCUGGAGCGGGUUGCCUGGGGCUGGUAUGACUUCCUGAAGAGACAACUUGUUGGGGAGGUCUCGUUUGAUCCACUUGGUGCUGGUGAUGUCUACGACAGGCGAAACAGUCCAGCUAAUGUCUUGGUGGAUGACAAUUCAUUAUGGCAAAUUCUUGGUCACCCGGAUAAGGUGAGCGUUGGAAUCAGUCUGUCAGAACCCGUGCUUUUGAAUCAAGUGGUGUUAUGUCACCCAAAUGAUGUGGCUCCUAGCAGUACAGCUCCCAGGAAGAUCGAGUUACUCGCUAAACCAGCAAAGGGUUCUUCUGGGAAUUCAUUGAGGCAAGUCUCCUCUGGGUUUAUCCAUGAGAACAAAUUGUUUGCACCGGAGUACAUCAAGCUUGCUGAUUUGGAGUACAGAAAAGAGGGUGGGUCUUGCCAGAAGUUCGAGCUUAGCGUUGCUAUAAAAGAUUCUGAGACGCCCGUCUCAGAGGUGGUGAUACUAAUCAACUCAAACUGGGGCAAUGAUGAUCUGACUGUGCUGAAAUCAAUCAGCAUUUACGGGUUCAAGUCUCCCAAGACCGUAAAAUCCUCCAAUAGACUUGGGGGAAUAUUGAACAGUUUCAAGCAUUUCAAGGACGAUAUUGACCACUCAGGUGCGACCCUGGGUGACGAUGUUCCAUUUUAA